AUGGCCCUGGGAAAGUGGCCCCAGGGGGAAGGAAAAUACAGCACUCAUCCUUCCUGUGCGCCACACGUAGCACAGACAGUGCCCGAGCAGGAGGCCACAGCGAUCGCCCAAGUGCAGCCUCCCGAUCCCCAGACCGGAAACCUGAAUCCUCCGUCUGCUCCUCCCUCACCAGAACUUUCACACUGGCAUCUUCCAGGAGCACAGUGCCUUCUUUUAAACUGGUCAUUUCCAAGCUGCUCCCCUGCGCUGGUCACUGCCCAACGAGUGCGCGCGCGCGCAGACGCACGGCGCCACCGAAAGGAAGAGCGCGCGCCAGACAGACGGAGACAGCUGAUGCCUGUCAACGCGGCGGGGCUGCGAGCUCUCGCGAGAGCUCCCGGGCCGGCCGCGAGAAGUGGGGCUCAGGUGUGUCGCCUGCAGCUGCAGAGCAACCUCUUCGCCAGCCUGGACGAAACGCUGCUGGCGCGGGCCGAGGCGCUGGCGGCCGUGGACAUCGCGGUGUCCCAGGGCAAGAGCCACCCUUUCAAGCCGGACGCCACGUACCACACGAUGAACAGCGUGCCCUGCACGUCCACGUCCACCGUGCCGCUGGCGCACCACCACCACCACCACCACCACCACCAGGCGCUGGAGCCCGGUGACCUGCUGGACCACAUUUCGUCACCGUCGCUCGCGCUCAUGGCCGGCGCUGGGGGCGCGGGCGCGGCGGACUCGGACACGGACCCGCGCGAGCUCGAGGCGUUCGCGGAGCGCUUCAAGCAGCGACGCAUCAAGCUGGGCGUGACGCAGGCCGACGUGGGCUCCGCGCUGGCCAACCUCAAGAUCCCGGGCGUGGGCUCACUCAGCCAGAGCACCAUCUGCAGGUUCGAGUCGCUCACACUUUCGCACAACAACAUGAUCGCGCUUAAGCCCAUCCUGCAGGCAUGGCUGGAGGAGGCCGAGGGCGCUCAGCGUGAGAAAAUGAACAAGCCGGAGCUCUUCAACGGAGGCGAGAAGAAGCGAAAGCGGACUUCCAUCGCCGCGCCCGAGAAGCGCUCCCUCGAGGCCUACUUCGCUGUGCAGCCCCGGCCCUCCUCCGAGAAGAUCGCCGCCAUCGCUGAGAAACUGGACCUCAAAAAGAACGUGGUGCGGGUGUGGUUUUGCAACCAGAGACAGAAGCAAAAGCGGAUGAAAUUCUCAGCUACUUACUGAGGGAGGCGGGAGGUGCAGGGCUGGCCGAGCGGAGCGGGGCUGAGGGGGUGUUUGGGGGCUUUUCCUCUGGCCUGCUUCCUCUGGCUUCUGGAGUGUUCGUUAUCCCGCCUGCAUUUGAAAAGCCUCUCCUCUUGUUCUUUCCUGCGCCCCACUCUGCUGUCCCAGCCCUUACUGUCCCCAGUCCCCUGGCCUACAGCGCAGAGGUGCUGGAAGUGGAUAAAGGAAUGGGUGGCAGGGAGAAAGGGGGAGUAUCUAGGUGAGCGGGGAGUGGGGGGAAAGAAAGCAGAGAGUGGACUGGGGAUUUUGAGGAGCAGGAUGGUUCUGGGGGGUUAGGGUGGGGGGAGAUGUGGGAAGGGUUGGGAAAUGGACUGUUUUUGACCAGAGACAUUUAUCAGAAUCUCUUGGGGACCAAGGAACUAUGUACAAAAUCAAACCCACCAACCACCAAAACCUAGACAAAUAAAGAAAACAAAACAAGAGCAAAGAAAAAUGCUUUAGAAAUUUAACUUCGGGGAGCCUUAAUCUGCGGCUUCAUUUACCCCCAAGGAAGAGAGAAAAGAGCACUACCAUGAUUUCCUCUGCCCCAACCCUAUACCCAUGAACUGAGUCAAAAACCAUACUAUCCCAAAGGUGAAAUUCUGGAUAGUGAAGCUAGUACUUUUUUCGUGUUUAAAUCUUCCCUCGAAAUCUCACUUCCACCUCAUCCACAUCUUCCUUGAUUUAUUUUCCAUGUUCCAAUGGGAUUUCAGUGGCUGUGCUCCACACUGGCCACACGCUGGGCGGUGAGUGUGGACCCAGCUUAGAGGGCUCACGCUGGGAGGUGGGCUGAGAAUUGCCAGGUUAGGUGGAACCCGGGUUCUCCAGUGGCCCAGUGGCUACAGUCCUGAGGCCUGGUCUGGGUUGGGCCUUUAUGAAGUCAGAGUCUUUGAGCUGUUUGAAAGGAAGAAUUGAGGGUCUCUGAGAUAAAUAUUUUAUUCUAAGAAAAAUGAAACAGUUAUAGAAAGAGCGUUCUCUUUUGCUCAUGUCUAAUUACAGUAUUUAGAAAAUGGACUAUUUUUAAAUAAGCCUCCAUCCUCUUACGGGGCUUUGCUUUAGCUUGCCGUCAAUUUUUUAGAGAGUGGCUUCUUUCAGACUAUUUUUUUCCCCGUCUACUCAAAAAUAUUGAUGGGUUGGAAGAUAGAUAUUAGGAGAAAUAUUUCCUUCUGUUUUCCAUCUUCUCCACUGAAAAAGGCUCAUCUUGCUCUUCUAGGUCCCCUUUCCUCUUCUCUUGGAAAACCUGGAGUCAUUGAAUGUUGAGAAGUUUCUGCUUUCAGUUGGGGCAGGACUUGG